AUGUCCUCAAGUCGUGAAGAUUCAGUUUAUCUAGCCAAAUUGGCCGAACAAGCCGAACGUUAUGAAGAAAUGGUUGAAAAUAUGAAGGAAGUCGCAUCAGCAGGUCAAGAACUUUCUGUUGAAGAACGUAAUUUAUUGUCUGUUGCAUACAAAAAUGUUAUUGGUGCUAGACGUGCUUCUUGGAGAAUUGUUUCUUCCAUUGAACAAAAAGAAGAAUCGAAAGAAAAAUCAGAACAUCAAGUCUCUUUGAUUAGAACUUAUCGUUCUAAGAUUGAAACGGAAUUGACAACUAUCUCCGAUGAUAUAUUAGCUGUUCUUGACAAAUUUUUGAUUCCUUCUGCUACUACCGGUGAAUCAAAGGUCUUUUAUUAUAAGAUGAAGGGUGAUUAUCAUCGUUAUUUAGCUGAAUUCUCUACUGCUGAUAAGAGAGAAGAAGCUACUAAUGCUUCCUUGGAAGCUUAUAAGACUGCUUCUGAAAUUGCUACUACUGAAUUACCACCAACUCAUCCAAUUCGUCUAGGUUUAGCUUUGAAUUUCUCUGUCUUUUACUACGAAAUUCAAAAUUCUCCAGAUAAAGCUUGUCAUUUGGCUAAACAAGCCUUUGAUGACGCCAUUGCUGAAUUGGAUACUUUAUCUGAAGAAUCUUACAAGGACAGUACGCUGAUUAUGCAAUUACUAAGAGAUAACUUGACUUUAUGGACUUCUGAUAUGUCUGAAAACGCACAUGAUGAACAAAAUGCUGCUCCUGCUGCUGUUGCUCCAGAUGCUACUGCUGACGCCAGUAAUGACGCUGAUGCUCCAAAAUAG